GUGGCUUUCAGCUUUCUCUUUCCCCAGAGAGAGAGAGAGAGAGGCAGCCGAAGAUGAUGAAGUUCAGUUUGGUUUUUAGCUAACUGGAAGAAUUGAGUACUUGAGUCUAGGACUGGUGGGUGAAGAAGCUUUUGGAAACAGAGCCAAAGGCUGAGAAUUGUCAGGUCUUUGAAGAGAUGGGAGUUGUCACUGUUGGUGAAUUGAAUUUGAAGCCAAGCAUCUCAGGGAAGAGGCCUUUUCGGCCCAGCUCUAGUACAAGGCAUGUCACUGAAUGGCCAAUAUCUGAUGUUUCCAGUGAUCUGACAAUUGAAGUCGGCUCAGCAAGUUUUGCGCUUCACAAGUUUCCACUAGUUUCUAGGAGUGGAAGAAUAAGAAAACUGUUGUUGGAAGCUAAAGAUACAAAAGUUUCACGUAUAAAUCUCUCUGUUGUACCGGGAGGACCAGAAGCAUUUGAGCAAGCUGCAAAGUUCUGCUAUGGAGUGAACAUUGAGAUCAGUCUAACGAAUGUUGCUAUGCUGCGUUGUGCAGCCCAUUUCCUAGAAAUGACAGAAGAUUUUGCUGAAAACCUGGAAAUGAGAACGGAAGCAUAUCUGAAGGAGAACGUACUCCCAAACAUAUCAAACUCGAUAUCUGUUCUUCAUCACUGCGAGUCCCUCUUACCCAUAGCAGAAGACAUAAAUCUAGCGAACAGGAUUAUCAAUGCCAUUGCAAGCAAUGCGUGCAAAGAGCAACUCACUUCUGGCCUGUCCAAGCUAGAGCACAAUUUCUCUUCAAAACCGAUGGUGGAAACUGAAACACCUACAGACUGGUGGGGAAAAUCGCUCGCAGUGCUUAAUCUUGACUUCUUCCAACGAGUUCUAUCUGCAGUGAAAACAAAGGGUCUGAAGCAGGAUAUGAUCAGCAGAAUUUUGAUAAAUUAUGCUCAUAAUUCUCUUCAAGGCCUUGUCGUUAGAGACUCUCAAUUGGUUAAAGGAAGUUUGUCGGACCUGGAACUUCUGAAGAAACAAAGGGCAGUUAUUGAAGCGAUAGUCAGUUUACUGCCAACACAGUCAAGGAAAAGCACCGUUCCAAUGGCGUUUCUAUCGAGUUUGUUGAAGUCUGCAAUAGCAGCAUCAACAUCUACCUCUUGUAGAUCUGAUUUAGAAAGGAGGAUCGGUUUGCAACUGGACCAGGCUAUUCUUGAAGACAUCCUCAUUCCUGCAAAUUCACACGGAAACAAUCAUAGCCCCAUCUAUGAUACAGACUCGAUCCAGAGGAUCUUCUCGAUUUUCUUGAACUUGGACGAGGAUGAUGACGAGGGCACUCACUUGAGAGAUGAAAGUGAGAUGGCGUAUGACUUUGACAGCCCUGGAUCUCCUAAACAGAGCUCGAUCCUGAAGGUGUCGAAACUGUUGGACAGUUAUCUUGCAGAAGUUGCGCUUGAUUCAAACUUGGUGCCAUUGAAGUUCAUAGCACUGGCAGAACUACUCCCGGACCAUGCUCGAAUAGUGAAUGAUGGAUUGUACAGAGCAGCGGAUAUCUUUCUCAAGGUUCAUCCAAACAUAAAGGACUCAGAGCGCUAUCGACUCUGUAAGACCAUCGACUGCCAGAAACUGUCGCAAGAAGCAUGCAGCCACGCAGCUCAGAACGAAAGGCUGCCCGUGCAAAUGGCAGUACAAGUCCUCUACUUCGAGCAAAUCAGGCUUCGAAAUGCAAUGAAUGGUGGUCACAACCAGUUGUUCUUUGGCUCCAUGAAUGGCGGCCAAUUCCCUCCUCAACGCUCGGGCAGUGGAGCAGGAAGCGGGUGCAUCUCGCCGAGAGACAACUAUGCAUCGGUGAGACGGGAGAACAGAGAGCUGAAGCUUGAAGUGGCAAGAAUGAGGAUGAGAUUGACUGACCUGGAGAAAGACCAUGUUUCCAAACAGGAGCUUGUGAGGUCACAUCCUGCCAACAAGCUCUUCAAGUCAUUCACCAAGAAGCUAAGCAAGCUCCAUUCCCUCUUCAGGAUUAAUAAGCCUGUAACUGCUUCUGCCAAGCCCGGCUCAGAAACAAGGCUUCUUUUCCAGAGAAGAAGGCGCCACUCUGUAUCAUGACAGUUGACAACAACACUCUUUAUCAUGUCGUGUGUGUAUAAUUAUAUAAUUCAAUUAAGAUCAUCCAAUGAGUGUAUAAUACAUUAUAGUAGUAUUACUCAUGUCAUCAUGGCUUAGCUUGGCUUGGCUGGGCUGGGCUGGGCUGCUGUCUCCUGUCUGGCUGUUGGUUUUGUUAUAUCUAAGAGAGAUAGAGAGAGAGAGAGGAGUAAUAAUAUAAGAGAUC